UAACUAAAAACAGUAAGGUAAGUACUGACGUCCAGACCUUGAAGACCAAACACAAGAAGCAAAGGCAACGCAAUCGACCGCGCAACAAACGAAAUCGCCUGGAAGAUAACCAACUAACGACCCCAACCACCGAUUCUGCCUGUGCAAUGCCCGGAACUCAGGAUGCAGUGGCUCCGGAGAAGUCGCGUGACCAAGUAAUGGCCGAAAGGGAGGCCAAAAAGCUGGCCAAACAGGCCAAGAAACAGAAUAAGCCAGCCACUCCUGCUGCUCCCGCCACUCCGGCCACGAAAAUCAUCACCGAGGUGGAGCAGACGACCAUUACCACCAAGCUGACGACCACGACCACAACCAAAGUCCAGGAGAAACCAGAUUCGGUGGCUCCCAAGGCAGCACCGCCGGCGGUGGCCAAUGGCAAGGAUGCGGAGGCGGGUGAAAAGUCACGGGAACAGAUAAAGGCUGAACGAGAGGCCAAAAAGGCGGCUAAGAAAGCUGGCAAAGGAGCUGGAGCCAAAGUGGAGGCCACCAGCCAACCGGAAAAACCUCAAGUACCGGCUAAAGUUGCUCCUCCAGCCACAGAAGACGAACAGGAAAAGAAAAAACCAGCACUCAGCAAGGCGGAGCGACGGGCCAUUCAGGAAGCUCAGCGGGCGGCAAAGGCCCAAGGACAGGCUAAGAAACCCCAGCCAGCUGGCCGGGCUCCUACUGCUCCUCCCAAGGAGUCCAAGCGGGAGAGCGUUUCCCCCACGAAAGCGGCCACCACAAGCAGCUCACCCAGCAAAUGUCCAGCGAGCUCACCCAGUGGAGAGUGCCGUGUGAAGCUCUUCAAUCACCUCGUCUGCGCCAAGGAAGACAGCCAGUUCAUCAACGAUCCGCUCGUGCAUCCGAGCAUAGCGCGUUUGGGUGUCCAGUAUGCCAAGCGCACGGUGGUCGGCUCAAAUGCCCGCUGCAUUGCCUUUCUGCACGCCCUGCGCCAGGUGGUUCACGACUUUGAGACGCCCGCCAAGAAGGAGUUCGGUCGCAGCUUGGAUGCCGCAGUAAAACACCACGUUGACCAUCUGCACAAGUGCCGGCCGCUGGCUGUGUCCGUGUCCAAUGCCUACAAACAGUUUAAGAACCAACUAACACAGUUACCAGCGGAUAUUCCAGAAACGGAGUUAAAGGAGUUGCUGGGUCACUUCAUCGAUACAUAUAUUGAAAAUCAAAUCGGCAAGGCAGCGCAGGCGAUUAGCGGCUUCCUGCAGGAGAAGAUCACCGAUGGCGAUGUGCUGCUGACCUUUGCCUGCUCCUCCCUCAUCCAGUUUAUCUGCGAGGAGGCCAAGCGGCGCCAGGUGGCCUUCCGGGUGAUUGUGGUUGACUCGCGGCCCGGUUGCGAGGGUCAGGAGAUGCUGCGCCGCCUGCACGCCCAUGGCAUCCCCUGCACCUACGUGCUGAUCAACGCCGUGGGCUAUGUGAUGGCUGAAGCCACCAAGGUGCUGCUCGGCGCCCACGCCCUGCUGGCCAACGGCUAUGUAAUGGCACGCACGGGCACCGCCCAGGUGGCCCUGGUGGCCAAUGCUCACAAUGUGCCCGUGCUCGUGUGCUGCGAGACGCACAAAUUCAGCGAACGCUUCCAGACGGACGCCAUUGUGUACAACGAGCUGAGCGAUCCCAAUCAACUGGUGCGCGGCGACAAGUGCCAGCUGAACAACUGGAAGGCCAAGGGCAAGCUGAUGCCCCUGAACCUCAACUACGACAUUACGCCGCCGGAGCUGGUGAGCGCCGUCGUCACCGAAGUGGCCAUCCUGCCCUGCACCAGUGUUCCCGUCAUUUUGCGCAUCAAGCCCGACAUUGGCUACUAAAUUGGACUCGCAGUUGUUGAAUAAAUAAUUUUUAUUACACUUUGAUCAAAUCGAUAAACAA